AUGAUGCCUCAAACCGCUGGGAGGCCUGAGGACGUUGGCGCAAGUGCCAUUGCGGCGGCGCAAGAAAUGCGGGAGCAGCACCAGCACCACCAGCAGGAAUCCGAUCUCAAGCAGAACCAGCAGAACCAAGCGUCGACCAUAUCCACAUCCUCCAUCUCAAUCCCCUCCCUGAUACUCACAGCUCUGUUCAUCCGCCAGGUUCUCGACACGUCGACCAUCCAGCGGACUGUGGAGCUUUUCUUCCGGCAGUAUUGCAUGAACGCGACCACCUUUUACUGUGGUCUGAUCGAUUGGGUUUUCGGCCAUGUCCAUUUGAUCAUGUUGAUCCUACAGUCCACUGCGACGUUCUCUGCGUUUGCAUGGCUUCUCUACAGGGCUUACAGGACUCUCCGGACACCCGUUUCCAACCUCAUUGAUACCCUCGGUGUUGAAGUCCCGGAUCCUCCUGAGGUAACCCUCGCAGGUCUCAAAUCCAAUGCAUGCACGCUGCACUGGAGGAAGCCAGGACCUGGAACACAGAAGGCGGUUGCGAAGUACUUGAUCCAGGUCAAUGGAGUCAACGUCGGUGAAUCAUUGCGGUCGGAAACGGUAAUUGAAAUCACCGGGCUGAAGCCAGGCCAUUUCUACAAUGUUCGAGUUAUCGCAGUUGGGGCGAACCAUUUUCAGGCCGGAAGCAAGGUUUUACGACUGAGCACAUUGUGCAAAGAUGGACGGCCGCAACAGGGACACAGCGGGCCACCCUCGACUCAAGACGAAGAUGACCAGGAUAGUGACGGCGAUAGUGAGGCCCAAGCCGGACGUGGCCAUGGAGUUGAGAUUCAAGCCGCUACCCUUCCAGAAUCUGCGCAGAUAUCAAUGGUUCGUGAAAAUAGUGGCGGGCAUUCUGGAGGUGGUGGUCAGGCUGGGCAGAGGAGGAACACUGGAGGCCGAAAACAUUCGCCAUCAACUGCUGCCGCGGAUCAAGCUGCUCGUGAGCGGGCAAUUGCAAACGUGUCAGAGGGUGACGAAUCCAUGCAACAGUUAACAGAGAAAUUUGAAGCAAAUCGCAAGCAAACAGAAGAUACACAGGCAACCAUUACCAAGGAAACGGAAGAAUAUAAAAUCCUGUUAUCGGAGCUGUCGAAAGAACGUGAUGCGAAGAAGCAGGAGGUUAAGGAUAAAGAAGAGCAAAGUGAAAAGCUCAAGAAAGAGGUCAACAACUCUGAGAGGUUAAAUCGGCUAGCUCAAAACAAAAAAUCCCAGAGAGAGAAAGUGUUGAAAGAGAAGAAAGCAGAGAGGGAGAAGAUGAGAGACGAUAUGGCCAGGUGGAAGCAGGAGAUUGAAACUAUGAGGAGUGAAAAGGAAAAUUGGCGAGUGGAGAAGGAAAAACUUGCAAAGUCAAAGGAAGAGGAAGUUUCGACAAUACAAAAACAGGCUGCGGAGCAGCAACUUACCUUGGAGAGCUUGGAGAAAGAGAUCCAUGUCCGCGGCCGUCAAAUUAUGGAGCUUGAGGGUGAACGCAAUAAGCUCCCGGGAUCAGAGAACGAUGAAGAAUCUCAAGCUAGAGAUGCGGCUGACAAGAAAGAGGAAGCGGAAUGGCAAGCAAAGGAGAGGGCACUUGUUUCGCGCCUGAACAGCAGUUCUCAGCGUCUUCGAGACAUCGAGAUCAUGAUAACUCAACAACAGGCACAUCUGACUGCCCUGGAAGCCGCUCAUCGAGCAGCCCAGCCGCCUCUGAUGUUCCUUGGCAAUUCUUCUGGUGUCGACUUCGACCCCAGUGGUGGCCAAGGCAAAGCAAAACCUCGAAGGACUCGAAAUCGGAAGAGUCGAACUAACACCAUAUCCUCGCCGAUAUCAGCCUAUCCUAUUGUCGACUCACAAUUUCCAAGUGCCAGUGUCUACAAUAACCUGGGCAGCGCUACUUCGCCCUCCUUUGCCCCACCGCCUUACAUCCAGAUGAACAAUGACACAGGCAUGGUCAUUCAAGCGGAUCACAUGAGUGGUAUGAGUGACGAUGAGAUUCGAAUACUCACUGCGGGAGCUCCUUUAAGUCCCACGGCGACCUCAUUACUCCCGUCAAACAUUUUUGCCGACGAUGACCAUGAUGACAAUGAUGGACGCGCACCUUCGUUUGGUCCUGCCAUGUAUGGCAAUAUCGGGGAGUCUAUCGACAAGGAUCCUCAAUCUCCAGACUCCUCCAGUCGAUCUGCCAGCCUCAUAUCUAGUCCUCACAAUUCUUCGCAUAACCUCGCACUGUACGGUGUAGCAAGCCAUGAUUAUGUCAAAGACAGUGAAAGACGGUCAAUCAAGUCUCCUUUGAGCGGAUUUGGAACUAUCGGGUCACCAUCAACUGAAGUACCAGUGACUAAAGGAGGACUAAUGAACCUUUUCACUCUACCCAGAGCGCGCGGCAAGGCUAUACAAGAAGAUGGGCCAGCACUCGGAUCCCUCAAACAUGGCCAAAGUCAAUCUUUCCCACGCUCUGCAGAAGAACCCGAAUCACUCAACCCCAAGCAUCGACGUAUAAGUUUCUCUACCGCAAGUUGGGGCUUCUUCAAAGGCUCUCCAGCAACAGAAACUUCUGCUCAGGGUAAUGCACCUGCACCUGCUCGUAAUGUAGGUGCGAGAAAUCGUCGUGGCUUCCCUAUCUUCAGCAACAGUGUGGAUGAGCCAAACCACCGAUCCGAACGUGAUCCCAGCAGCCCUCGCCCAUUGUCGAUUGCCUCUUCUGAUCUUCCCCGUCCGUCAACAGAUAGCGCUCCAUUUGGAUGGACGAUUCCUUCUCAAGACGCCAUCAACAGAGGCAGCCCACUCGGUGCAAACUGGUCUGUACACCAUGUUGCCCCUCAAACAUGGUCAAGAAACCCUUCCAGGCGACCGAGUAUUCAGCAUGGUUCCUCAUCUGCUUUGACGACAGGUAUUGCUAGUGACGACGAUGAAUUCCUUCCAUCAUCAGAGUCAUUCGCUGGUCAAGCAAGCCCGCCACCAGUUGGAGUCAUUGGUACUCGUCCGGUGUCAUCUCACAAGCCACCGACUCCCAAAUUGAAUCCAGCUGCCCCAGCGUUCUCGCAAAGAUUUGGCUUACCCUUCACAUCCAAAGUCGACAAGGGUAAAGGGAAGGCGAAAACAGAAAAUAUUCCUACAUCGCCCGACAACCCUCCGCCUCAUGAUGGCUCUACUCUCUCAUCACCUACUGCUUCAAGAAAGUCUCGCGAUGCUCAUUCAAUACGUACGCAGAAUAGUAUGGCUGAAUCCCACGAGAGCCUGGACAGAGCUGCAAGCAACACGACUUCAGAGUUUCCAUCUGGAUCAAGCGCCAAGGAGAAGGACGGCAACGCUCUUGGUCGGCUCUUGCGUAAGGGAAGCUCCAGCAAGUUCAGCAUCGCUUCAUUCCGCAGCAAGGAGAACGGUCUCUUCAGUGGCAAGAAAGGUGUUAGCAGCACGCCGAACUCGGACCGCGGUCUUGGUGAGCAUCGAGACAGCAGCAUGGACGAGUUUGGAGAAGAUGUUGCACUGGGCAGAAGCGUAGAUAGCGUUACCAGCAGUCCGAUGAUUGGAAGUAUGGGAUCGGGCGAAUGGAAAGGGAAAGAUAAGGAAUUAGGUACUCCAAAGGAGAGUCGGAUGAAUUGGUUUGGUCUGAAAAAGGGCAAAGGGAAAGAGAGCUCCGAGGUCGAGGGCAGCGAGGCCGAUUUGACUGACGCUCAGGCCUAA